AUGCAACAGACAUCUUAUACUUUUUAUUCGAAUCUUUACCUGCAGCAACGCCGACUACAACAACUACAACGCCCACUACGACGACAACCACGCCCACUACCACGACAACAACGCCGACUACAACAACUACCACGCCCACCACAACGACAACAACUCCCACUACGACAACAACGACACCCACAACUACAACAACCACGCCCACAACAACAACAACCACGCCCACAACAACAACCACGCCCACAACAACAACCACGACGCCCACAACUACCACAACGACACCAACUACUACAACCACGACGCCCACAACUACAACAACCACGCCCACAACAACAACCACGCCCACAACUACAACACCCACGCCCACAACAACAACAACCACGCCCACAACUACAACACCCACGCCCACAACUACAACAACCACCCCCACAACAACAACAACCCCGCCCACAACAACAACAACCCCGCCCACAACUCCCGCAACGACGCCAACUACUACAACAACAACAACGCCCACAACAACAACAACCACGCCCACAACUACCACAACGACGCCAACUACUACAACAACGACGCCAACUACUACAACAACAACAACCACGCCCACAACUACAACAACGACGCCAACUACUACAACAACAACGCCAACUACUACAACAACAACAACGUCCACAACGACAACUACCACGCCCACAACAACAACAACGACGCCCACAACUACAACAACUACGCCCACUACGACGACAACAACACCAACCUCGACAACACCUUCUCCUUUCGUCCCGGUGUAUACAUCGUGUACCAGCCAUAGUCAUUGUCCCCCGAACUCGAGGUGCCGUCCAAACGCUUGCUAUGGAUUUACAUGUCUGUGUGACAUAG